UGAUGGAGUACCUAAAGGGAUUCAACGCCAUCGCCCCAAUCCUUUUAGGAAUUUUUUUGCUAGCUUUUGUCACCUUGCAUUGGUGGUACGGCAAAAGAAGGUACAAACUUCCACCUGGCCCCAUCGGUCUGCCUUUUCUUGGAUAUUUACCAUUCAUUGAAAAAAGAUCUUUCAUCACAUUUACAAAAUUAAGUAAGAAGUAUGGAAAAAUAUACAGUUUGUAUCUUGGGAGAGCUUUGGUCGUUGUACUCAAUGAUCAUAAACUUAUAAAAGAGGCUUUCAACCAGCAAGCACUUUUAGAUCGCCCGCCACACUAUUUUGAUUUUCAUCCUGGGGGCUUAGGUUUUGUAGGCGCAAACGGAGAAGAAUGGGUAGAGCAAAGACGAUUCAGUAUGAAGGCUUUGAGGGAAGUUGGACUAGCAAAGAGCGAGUGGGAACAUUCAUUAAUGAUAGACGUGGAGGAACUCAGAGACUGGCUCAAAACUCAAGAAGGAAAACCUGUAAAUAUCUAUAGAUUCCUUUCUGCAAGUGUCUCCAACACUAUAACAACUUUGGUCUUUGGAAAACGUCUUCCAGUUGGUGAUCCAUUGAGAAUUCUAGUGGAUAGCGCUGUGGAAUCCGUUUCACGAAUAUAUCGACAGUCUGGAAUUGUCACUUUCUUCCCAACACUAUUAUAUUUAAUUGCUAAGCUUGGCUUCACACUACAUGGCAAAGAAAGAAAAAUAAUGGUUCGCUUUUACAAUUUCUUGAAGAGCGAAAUGGAGGCUCGUAAGAAAGUGUUGGCGAACGACAGCUGCGAAGCGAUGUUUCUUGAUGGUUAUUUAAAGGAAAUGGAAAGACAUAAACAGAAGAAUAUCAAAAGCACGUUUAGCGAGAAAUUUCUAGUGGGCAAUGCUCAAGCCAUGGUUAUUGGAGGUAGUGAAAGCACAAGGACAGCUAUUUUGUGGUUACUGUUGACCAUGGUCGCAUUUCCUGAAGUGCAGAAAAAAGUACAAGAAGAAAUAGACUCGGUGUUAGGAAAAGAUGGAAAAGUGUCAUGGAUAGAACGUGCAAAGUUGCCUUACGUCAAUGCGACUAUAAUGGAAGGCCAAAGAUGGAGGACUGCGGUGUCUUUAAAGCAUUGGGCCAGUGCUGAUGCGGUUGUAGCUGGAUAUGAUAUUCCGAAGGGAACUGAGAUCAUUGCCAAUGCAUGGGCUGUUCAUCAUGAUCCCGAAUACUGGGAAGAGCCCGAAAAGUUCAAACCAGAAAGAUUCUUAGUUGAAGAAAAUGGGAAGCUAACUACAACUAAGCCUGAAAGUUACGUUCCAUUUUCAGUCGGUAGGCGCAACUGUCCCGGAGAACUCGUUGCUCUUGUUCAACUUUUACACUAUUUUGUAGUAAUCCUGCAGAAUUUCAAUUUGCUGCCAGAAGCCGAUGACAAACCUCCGGAUCUAAUUGGAGAUGUGGGACUCACCUAUCAAAGUAAACCACAGAAUCUACGUUUCGUGCCGAGAGAUUAAACAAUCAGAAAGAUGACGGCAUCAUUUCCAUUGAACUGGUUUUCGAAAACAAUGCUUUGAAAUCGAAGCUCUGAUGAAUCAAUUUCAAUUAACUAUCUAAGCAUAUACAUAUCUUUCAUUUUUCUCUGAAUCGUAUAAUCCAACUAUAAAAUUGUCUAAUAAAACAUAUAGUUGUAAAAUGUCAAAUUAAAUUUCGAUUAAAAACUUUUAAGUGAAAAAGUAAACUAUUUUUCUUAAAAAAAGGAUAAAAGGAUAACUAUUAAAAACGUCCUCAGUUUUUACUUGGUUAAUAUAAUAAUAAUUGGUUAAUGGUUAAUUAAUAGAAUAUUAACUAGGAUUAAGAGUUAUUUAAGAGGUAUUUAAUGUUAAUACGUAAAAACUAAUAGUUUUAAAUAUUUUGCUAUUGUUAUUUGCUAUAAUUGUAGAACAUUUUACGGAAUCAUUGAAGAAAUUCACUGAGAGAAUAUCAUUAAAUGUUUGUUUUAAUAAAUAUGUUUAUAAAUACAUUUAAAUUUUUAUUACACUACAAACAUAGAAAGAAAUAGUUUACAUAGAAAGAGAGAGAGUUUUAUAAUAAAUCUGUUUA